AUGACUCUCGAAUUCUCCGAUGCUCAAAAGCACGCUCUUACCGGCUUCGGCAAGCCCUAUCUCACCGACCCGGACGUUCGUAACUGGCCCUUGAAAGACCGCCAUGAUCUUUUCUUCAGUUACGACCUGAUCACAAUAUUCAUAGCGGCAAACACGUCCUCUGGCACUGUAUUUGGCGAGAUCUGCGUUGUGUCUAAGUACACUCUCGCGGCUGUAUCGCAAACCUUCGCCGAGCAUCUCCUCCAGAAUCCAAACAUAGAUACCUUCACUUUCGAUGUCGGUCGCAUGAACAACUUCUUGCGGCACGAACACGAGAAGGCACUGAAUACGUUGAACACGUGGCUGAUCAAUCUCUCCACGCCGAACAUUACCGACCUGCAAGCGCCAACGUUCUACUCUGAAGUCUCCCUUCGUCACAUCGCUCGCCAACUGGGUAUGAGCUCUUACCUCACGGACCGUCCCGAUACUUUCAUCCACGACGCGCAAACACAUAUACUCCAGCCAUGGCAGAUUACCGAGCUGCUCUACGCUAGCUCCAUCGAAGUCAAUGCUCCAUAUCCGAUUGUUAUGGAGGACGAUCCGCUACUAGGAUAUCUUGCGCAGAAAUUGAACGAGACAAUGAAUCUCUUGUGGGCACAAGAGAGGGAACAGGUGCACAAGUGGUUGGAGGGGGAGGAUAACAAGGCGUUGAGGACUGCUAUGCGGAGGUUACGGGAGGGGAAGUGGAAGGCCUCGCGCGGUCAGGAAAAGAUGGUGCAGUUGAAGUAG